AUGUCUUCGCCUUUUCUCGAUAUUCAAGGGAAGUCAAUCGCCGAGGAUCAGAUCCUCGGUAGUGGAGGCUCUGCGGUAGUUUUGCUCCAGGAUGGUGUGGCCGUCAAAAUUCCCUUGAGAUAUCGCUGGAGCUCCGACUACGACGUCGGAGCGAACGCUCGAAGCCUCAGGCGCGAACAAGACGUGUAUCACCGCUUGCAAAAUCCUGGAGAUGACCACUCUCAUGGCGUCGUCAGCUGUCUCGGGUUUUCAACCGACAUGACGCAACUCGCUUAUAUGGUCAAUGGGGACCUUCAGUCGUACCUGGCCAAAUUCCGCCCUCCUCGUCAGCUGCAACUCAGGUGGUUCAAGCAGAUGGCUCGCACACUCGGUUUUAUCCAUGACAGGCGGGUGCUUGUUGCAGAUAUCGCCAGCCGAAACUUCCUCCUAGAUUCGGAUCUAUCGCUCAAAAUCUGUGACUUCACAGAGGCGUCUCUUCUUCCCUUGGAUGCGGAUAUGGAAGCUGUGGAUGACAACGGGUUCACGACCCGGGUCGAUGUUGGUUUUCUCGGCGCAGUCAUGUACGAAGUAAUAACUGGUACCAAGUGUAAAGUCGAUCUCUUCAAAGAUAACUCUCCCACCGACGGUCGAGCCCAUUGGCCAGAGAGGAGAUUCCUGCCCAGUACGCGGGAUAUUUGGCUUGGGUGGAUUAUUGACCGCUGUUGGAACGGCGAGAUUUCCAGCGCUCACGAACUUUUACGGGCAUUGGAUUCUAUCAGCUCGCCCGCCUCAACCCCAAUUGCUGGGUCCCUCGCUACUUGA